CGGGAAGCACGCGGGGGCGAGGCGAGGGGGCCGCCGGCCGCUCCGGGACGCGGACCGCCAGGAGCUGAGCACCACUCCCGGCGCCACUCCCGGCUCCGGGAAACUGGCACCAUCUCUGAGGAGCCCCUGCUUUUCCCGGGACCCCCAACAUCAUGGUUUCCUGUUUCAUGGGGUCUCCCAGUGUCCUGGCUUCCCUCCUGCUGCUUGGGUUCCAGCUCGUCUGCCCACAGCCCUCCACUGAACACAGAAAGGUGCCGCAGCGGAUGGCGGCGGCCGAGGGCGCCCCCGAGGAUGGCGGCGGCGGCGCCCCGGGCGUGUGGGGCGCCUGGGGCCCCUGGUCCGCCUGCUCGCGCAGCUGCAGCGGCGGCGUGAUGGAGCAGACGCGGCCCUGCCUGCCCGGCGCGCACCACGCGCGCGCGGCUCCGCGGCCCCCGGCCGCCGCGCGCGCCUUCGCGGGCCACGUGGUGUCGGCCGUGCGCACGUCGGUGCCGCUGCACCGGAGCCGCGAGGAGCCCCGCGCCCCCGCCGGCCUCGACGCCGGCCGCCAGGGCCCGGCGCCGCGGGGCAGCCGGCACCCGCAGGCCCGGGCCCGCGAGCCCACCGCGGACAGAAGGAGCAGGACCCGCGGUCCCAUCGGCCCUGGCAAGUACGGCUACGGCAAAGCCCCGUACAUCCUACCCCUGCAGACGGAUUCUGCGCACUCACCGCAGAGGCUUCGGAGACAGAGGCCCUCCUCCCGGAAUUCCAGGUCCCAGGGAGCAUCAGGUUCCAGCCACAGCUACAGCCCUCCAGCCCAGCGGGCCCCCCAGCACGGACCUCUGUACCAGAGUGACAGUGGCCCUCGUUCUGGACUGCAGGCCUCCGAGAGUUCCAUCUACCAGCUGCCUCUGACCCAAGACCAAGGCUUCCCUGCAGCCUCCAGUCUCUUCCACGGCCCAGAAACAAGCAGCGGGCCCGGCGCAGGGGCCCCCGGGGCGGCCCAGGGCUUCUCCCAGCCCGCGCGGGCUGCGGCCAUCUCCUGCAUCGGGGCCUACCGGCGGUACAGGCUGUGCAACACGGACGUGUGCCCAGAAAGCAGCAGAAGCAUCUGGGAGGUGCAGUGCGCGUCCUACAACAACAAGCCAUUCAUGGGCCGGUUUUAUGAAUGGGAACCAUUUGCAGAAGUCAAGGGCAGCCGGAAGUGCGAGCUGAACUGCCAGGCGACGGGCUACCGCUUCUACGUGCGCCAAGCGGAGAAGGUCAUCGACGGGACCCCGUGUGACCAGAACGGCACGGCCAUCUGCGUGUCCGGCCAGUGCAAGAGCGUUGGCUGUGAUGACUACCUGGGCUCCGACAAGGUCGUGGACAAGUGCGGGGUGUGCGGCGGCGACAACACGGGCUGCCAGGUGGUGUCGGGCGUGUUCAAGCACGCCCUCACCAGCCUGGGCUACCACCGUGUGGUCGAGAUCCCCCAAGGAGCCACAAAAAUCAACAUCACCGAGAUGCACAAGAGCAACAACUACCUGGCCUUGCGAAGCCGCUCUGGGCGCUCCAUCAUCAACGGGAACUGGGCCAUUGACCGGCCCGGCAAGUACGAGGGCGGAGGGACCAUGUUCACCUACAAGCGUCCGAACGAGAUUUCGAGCACCGCCGGGGAGUCCUUUCUGGCGGAGGGUCCCACCAACGAGAUCCUGGACGUCUACAUGAUCCACCAGCAGCCUAACCCGGGAGUGCACUACGAGUACGUCAUCAUGGGGGGCAACGCCAUCAGCGCCCCGGCGCCGCCUCACAGGAGACCAGGGGAGCCCUUCAAUGGCCAGCUGGUCCCAGAGAGGCGGAGCCAGGACGAGGGAGCAGAGAAAGACGGGGACGAGGACAGGGCAGACGUGCACGGCGGGGCGCCUGAAAUAUUCACUCCGGAAUCCGCACAGACCUUCCCGGUCAGGCAUCCAGACAGAUUCUCUUCCCAUCGGCCGGACAGCGUGGUGCCACAGCCCCCGCGGCGGAGCCGGGACCACAACUGGAAGCAGCUGGGGACGACAGAGUGCUCGGCCUCCUGCGGGAAAGGAUCGCAGUACCCGAUUUUCCGCUGUGUGCACAGAAACACUCACGAAGAGGUGCCUGAGAGCUACUGUGACUCGAGCACGAAGCCGGCCCCCGAGGAGGAGCCCUGCAACAUCUUCCCUUGCCCAGCCUUCUGGGACAUUGGGGAGUGGUCCGAGUGCAGCAAGACCUGCGGCCUGGGCACGCAGCACCGCCAGGUCCUGUGCCGCCAGGUGUACGCCAACCACAGCCUGACGGUGCAGCCCUACCGCUGCCAGCACCUGGAGAAGCCGGGCACCACCAGCACCUGCCAGCUCAAGAUCUGCAGCGAGUGGCAGAUCCGGACAGACUGGACCUCGUGCUCGGUGCCCUGCGGAGUGGGGCAGAGGACUCGGGACGUGAAGUGUGUGAGCAACCUCGGGGACGUGGUUGACGAUGAGGAGUGCAACAUGAAGCUGCGGCCCAGCGACAUCGAGAACUGCGACAUGGGGCCCUGCGCCAAGAGCUGGUUCCUCACCGAGUGGAGCGAGAGGUGCUCGGCGGAGUGCGGGGCCGGAGUGCGGACGCGCGCGGUGGUCUGCAUGACCAACCACGUCAGCAGCCUGCCGCUGGAGGGCUGCGGGAACAACCGGCCGGCGGAGGCCACCCCCUGCGACAACGGGCCUUGCACGGGCAAGGUGGAGUGGUUUGCCGGGAGCUGGAGCCAGUGUUCCAUCGAGUGUGGCAGCGGAACCCAGCAGAGGGAGGUGAUCUGUGUUAGGAAGAACGCAGACACCUUUGAAGUGCUGGACCCCCGUGAGUGUUCCUUCCUGGAGAAACCCCCCAGCCAGCAAUCCUGCCACCUCAAGCCUUGCGGGGCCAAGUGGUUCAGCACAGAAUGGAGCAUGUGCUCCAAGAGCUGCCAGGGCGGGUUCCGCGUCCGCGAGGUGCGCUGCCUGUCGGACGACAUGACCCUAAGCAGCCUCUGCGACCCUCAGCUGAAGCCAGGAGAGAGAGAAACUUGUAACCCUCAGGACUGUGUCCCUGAAGUUGACGAGAACUGCAGGGACCGGUACUACAACUGCAACGUGGUGGUCCAGGCGAGGCUCUGCGUCUACAACUACUACACGGCUGCCUGCUGCGCCUCCUGCACGCGCGUGGCCAGCAGGCGCUCGGGCUUCCUGGGGAGCAGAUAACCCGCCGCGUCGCAUCGGCUGGCGGGUCCCGGAGCCUGCGAGCAGGGGUACCGGCUGCCCGCCGCCCCGCCAGGGGGCGCCCUGGCCUGUGGCGCUGCCGGCCGCCUAAGUCACCGCCCCGCCUUCGUAACGUGUGCACUCGGUGCCCGGGAGCAAGGCCACCGGUAUCCUUUGAGCAUCGCCGUAAGCUGAUGACCCCGCCUCCAGGACCCCGGCACCUGCGCUGUCUGCAAACCACGCGUGGGUGGGGGCUGGGGGGGUGAGUGUACGCGCGGGCAACCCCCGUCCCGAGUGAGUCGGCAGCCGGGCCCUGCCUGGGCGCUGCUUCAUCCCGGCUGCGCCCGGCCUUUCCAGCCCCGGCGCCCCUUGGAGAGUCAGAGGAGACGGCACCACCCCCCCACCCCACCCCCGCAGAGCCUCGCUGCCGCAGAGCCUUGCUGAUGCGCCCGCACCCCCGUUACCUCGCCCCCGGCUGUGCCUGUUUUCAUUCUCACAGACAGCAGGCUCUUCUCCUGCCUACGACACAGAUAUCUCAUGCCAGUAUAGCGCUUUAUUGUUUCGAGGUGUAUUCAGAGGUAUUAGCUCGUUAGCGGCUCGCAGCACCCCAGAAGGGGAGGCGGGGAGUGAAUGAUUGUCCUCAUUUUACUAACAAGGAAACCGAGACUGAGCUUAGGUAGCUGACCUGCCGUAUCAGGUGGUAACUGACCUGGUCACCAGCAGAGCUGAGUCCCGACCCCAGUCGUCUGACCACAAAACCCUCACCCCCAGGCCUGCCCAGAAGUCUUAGGUCUGCAGGAAGUAGCUUCAUUGCAGACCAAGAAGCCAAGAAGUUUCCCCAUCAGCAAACAAAGCCCAGACCUUUGAGUUCUCUCUUCUGGCCAAAGGUCAAGUCUUUGUCCCUUGUGCUCCGUUGUUCCAGGAGUCUAUUUCUUUUUAUCCCUUCCCCUGCAAAGUCACAGCCCUGGUUACAGGACUCUGCAUGUCUUCUUAAACCCCAUCCUUAAUGGAACUAUGCCAUGAGACAAGAAAGCCAUAGGGGUAACAGGGUGAUUGCCUGAAAUUCUGAUUCCUCUCCCCAGCGAUAUGUGCUGCCCAUGGAAUCCCCCAUCAGGGCCCUUGUGACUGUUCAUCUCCCGGAGCUGACUUCCAGAGCGCACAGCUCUGUGCCCUGGGCUCUGGCCCUGUCCUCAGCCACCUUUCCUGGGCCAUAUACCACAUAUUGCCCAGCAGAAAGUCUAACCAACCCAUCCCAACAAAAGCCCUAGAUAUUUAUGUUAGAAAGAGGCUCCCUUGGGUCCUUCUGGUUUGAUUUGCGGAUUUCUCUCUGUGACUUUGCAUCCCUCCGUGCCUCCAUGACUCAUAACCCAUUUCCCCUCCCAGACCGAAGCACUGAGAUCUCUAUUAAUGCAGCCAGCCUGGGAGAAGGGGCUGUGAACAACUCUGCCAUGGCUGUAGCGGCAGUUUUCCCUGAUUGACUUCAACUCUGUAGUUUCAGAGGCCUCGGGCUGGAAGGAGAAAGUGCAUAUCAAAAGAUAAGCUUCUGAAAAAUCAAUUAACAAGAAGGAGAAGAAGAAGGUGGGGAAAAUAUGUAUGUGUGUUCUUACACCCUCUAAGGAAAAUAUCAGGCUAAACAAAUUGGAAGCUUAGAGAAAAUUUAUCUUACUUAGAACUACGAUCCUGGGCAUUUGCUCUGAAACUCGUAGCAACCGAGUUUCUCUCAUGAGCCCUUUAACCCAAAACUCUGCUAAUUUGAUGAUGACUUAGCUUCAGGAAGCAGUACCACCAGCUCAGUCUGACACACUCUGUUAGGGUCCCACGACCCUUGGACCUUCAGCAAUUCUACAUGGCUUUUCUGCAGGUGUCCUUCUCUUCCUGGAGAGCCCCAGCCACCAUUUCCCCAAAGCACCCCCAUCUCUCCUGAUUCUUAAUGUAACUCGUGCAAUAAGCCAUAGGGCAGAGGCCCAGAUUCCCGUGCCCACCAAGCAAAAACAGACCAGAGAAGCCAAGCGAGUAGGUGAUUUCCGUCCAGUGCCCACUGCCCCCCUCUCUCCACCUGCUUUUGCGUCUUGUCCCAGGGGAGCAUUUCCUUGGGGUAGCCGCCCUCCGAUCUUGCUGAACAAGCCCAUCGUUCAAAGGAUUCCUUGGAGGAGCCUUUCUCCACCUGCUGGGGGGCAGAGCAAGACCAACGGGUGGAAAAGCAGAAGGGCUGGUUUCAGCUCAGAUGAAGGGAAGGCCUUCUAGCCGCCCAGGCUGCCCCGCACAUACCGAAGGGGCUCUCCAGCCUAGAAGGGAUUCUCUGUCACGUGGCAGGGGGCACGCCAGGUCCUCCUGACUCGGGACCCCCACGGCUGGCUGGGGCAGUGAUGGCUUCGUCUCUUUGCUGCCCAGCAGUGUCCUCUGGCUCCCAGAUGGCACCUAACAAUUCUUUAAAAGGGCAGUGGUCCUCCAGGAGAAUGGCCAUCCUGCCAGGUGUAGAACUGGGUGGAAGCAAAUGGGUCAAUCCCGUGUCUUUAGGAGAAAAAAGUACAGAAAAUAGGGGUCUUUUUUCUUUCGCAGCAAACAGUUGAGCUAGUCUUGGAAUUCAUUUAUCUCUGGAAAGGUUAUAAAUGACUAGAUUAGGGCUUUUAUCAACUUGCCUUGGAAAUCCAGUUUUUACUAAGUUCCUUGUUUCUUGCAUCAAUGUCUAAAUGCCUCUGUUCUCAGCACAACGCACAUGAUAAGGUCAGUGAGUGUGUCCAGUGACGAUGCUCCUGGGGAGGGAGUCUGGGGAGAGCGCCCUUCUGAUGGCUUCCUCCCUCCUUGGCCCCCAUUCUCUCACCCUCUUCUCUGUGACCCCCCAUCUCCUUUUCAGUCCUCUGCCGGCUCCCUUAAUUGGUCACAAUACAGAAUUGAGAUUUACAUUUUAAUGUAGCUUUUUUUUUCUGUGUCCCGAAUUGCCUCAUUCCCUGCUCUGAACUUUUAAAUAAGAUAAAUUAAAGCUGUUCUAUGUUUUUCUCACAAAAAAAUCAACAAAACACUAAAACAGAAGUAGUUUGGUUUUUAGUAGGAAAAGGAAACAGUGCCCCUUUGCAGCCAACGCAAAGGCCAUUCAGUGCAGCUCAUCCUUCCCAUCCUCCCGUUGACUCACAUUUCUCCCUCUAGAAACGGAACAAAUACGUUAAGAAAUACAGCCCAAAAAAUAGAAAGAAAAAAAAAAGCUUGUAAACCCGGCCACUGGGUGGAGUCAGUUCAGCUCAUUAGAAGUGUGUUUGGUGCCCCUGCUGGCAAGCUGGUGGGGGACCCAGAAGCACACAGUCUGUCCCUGCCGUGGAGUUGCUGCAAGACAGAGGCGCUCAGAACUGUCCCCUGCUGUCCCUUUGCCUUACUUCUCUGGUCCAGGGUUCUCAGAGCUUGUGUCAUUUCCUUACCCUCAAAGUGCUCAGCAUUCAACACUCUUUCCUUUAAAAAGGGCAGCCUUCCCGCGGGAUGGAAACGGGGGACGCUAGCUUCAUUUCUUUCCGUCAAGCUGCGUGGCAGAGAGAGAAGCCCAGAUGUUACUAGUAGCUUUCUGAACCAGUGGCUCUCUUCUUCUUUAAUAUAGCCGUCUUCGAAUUUAAAUACCAGUUUUCUGAUAGAGAAGACAUACAUGUAAGUGGUAAAAGGAAACACAGCUUCCCUUAAAACAGGCUGAAUAAUCAAACCCGAAGAAACCCCUAUCGGCCGGGCAGGUGGAGGCCCACGCGUUGAUCAUUGCAUAGGGAACAUUUUGAAUGUGGCUUAAUAGGAAAUCAAACACCUUCCUGGUGAAUGUGGUGGAUGCCAGGAAGUUGGAGAGAGAACAUCUUGAGUGACAGUUUCUAGAACCACAAAGGAAUGGGAGACAGGAACAAAACCUGGAUCUUAGAAGUUCGCCAGGAAGCAACGUGAAGUCCCACCUUUGGAUUUAAAAAUGUACAUACAUACAGGUACAAGGUGGGGGAGGUAGAAGAGUUUCAGCUGACUAAGCUCAGUGUGGGUCAAGAAAGUAGGGUGGAACUACCCCAAAAAAACCACAAUAAACAACAACAAGAACACAAGACAUUUAGGCUGCACGAGGAGAAGGCGCGGGUGAGCCGUGCUGGCAGUGGUCGGACACUUUAGGAAGAAUAUUGAUAACAGGUGACAUUCAGAUGAGCGUGCCCGACCCUGACGAGCGGUGGGAGGACCAGCGGAAAGGGCUCCGUGAAGGCGUCCGCCUUGGGGUGGCGCCCUGCGCGCCGUCCGAGGCCCAGGAGGGGAACGUGCAGGGAGGCAGAUUUUAGCUCUUGCGGGAGAACCGCCUUUCUGCAAGUGAGAGGUUCGGAAGGCAGAGGGCUCUGUGGGUGGUCCCUGGAGGACUCAGCAGAGGCCAAAUGGCCGUUUGUCGUGGACGCUGAAGGGCAGGUUCCAGCACCCAGGUGGGGCAACACAACUCUUACGGUUCUUUCCAAGUCUGGGCUUUGGCAACUCUAAGUAGGACAGCUUUGAGUGACUCGCCUGCUCUGGGAUGGCCUGUACAUGGCACGUGUGCUUCCCGUUGCUAUGACUACCGCCUUGAGCCCAGCGUUGCUCCCCACCCAGACCUGACCGUGGCCUCGGCCCUCAGAGACCCACUAGCAAAUUGGCCAGGGCUGCCCCAUCUGGUCCUGCUUCAUAAGUGAGUAACCAGAUGUCCCGAUGGCUAGUUCCCUGCCCAGGGUCCCACACCUUGAUGGGGACAGAGCCUCAACCAGACUAGGACCCUCUUUGCUUUCCCGCACUUCUGCUGGAGCGAAGUCACCCCCUCCGCUGUGAACCAUCCCGCACUCCUGGUUCCUUCUAUUCAGUGGGUAUCAGUGGGAGACCGCCAUCGUGCUGCGGAGUAGUGACCCCCACAGGGUGGGAGCCUCCAGCCAGCUUUCUCAGCAUCUUCCAGACAUUGAGUCCUUUGCCUCAGUGAGAGGAAAGCCAUUCUGUUACCCAAACCUAAUUUCCACUUGCCUUGACCCCCCCCCAGAUCCCCACCAUUCAGUUUGAUGGAAGGAUAUACUUUGUUAUAACUUAUUAUUUUGUUCUUUGUAAAUACAAGAUGUUUAUAGGAAAUGUGUAUUCUGAACUCUGCAGGCCAAAUGAGUCACUACCCCAAAAUAGUUCUAUUAUUUAGAAUAUGUUAAUUUUAAAGGGACCUAAUAGGUAUUUAUUUGCAUAUUCGAUCCACCCUUGUGUAAAAUCAUGGGAUCCUACUAACCCAGCUUCCUGGAAAGUUGCUGCACGCAAUGUCCUGUUCUAAGUCCGUAGUUACGAUUCAGUAUACUGACUGGCCAAAUUCCUUGGGUUUCAAGUUUAAAUAUAAAUUACUCUGCUUUUUGACGCGUUCAGGGGCUUUUACGACUGGCGUUGUACCUGAAACAGGUAUGUCUGGAUGCCACGUUUCCACCUUAAAUAUCACAUUUGCUCAUAUAAUCUGCCCUCUCCUCACACCCCCCCCCCAACACACACACACAUAUUUGGAGGAGGAACCAGGCAAGUCUUUUUCGGCCUUUCUCUUUGUCCUGCCUCAUUUGCUAGAAUCACCCGCGGUAAGUUGCUGGGAGGCUAAGCUGGGACGGAGGCAGGGUCCCCUGGGAUGGGAGGCAGUCCCUGCUGUGACCACGCCUCCAGGGUCCCCGGAUGGCAACUGCUGGCUGGGAGCUCUGAGUGGUCCUGUCACCUGCACAUUCAGGAGCAAGGAACCCCCGGCAUGCUCUCCGCCUGCCCCGUGUCACCCCUGUGGUGUCAGUUACUGCUCAAGGAGGUGGAGGGCAGAGGGCACAUUAUAUGAGUGAAUGAAGUCUGUUUUCUCUUCAGCAAAAAUGACAACUAUUUUUGUGUAUGACUAAUUUAUUUUUAUUAUUGUAAAAAUACAAUAAACUGGUUUUAAAAACUCA